AUGCUCCGCCUCCGAACCUCCAUCCUCACCCAUCUCGCCAUCCCCUCGUCCUCCGCCUAUCCCUGCUCCUCCCCCUGCCGCCUCCUCUCCGCCACCGCACCCCCCAUUUCCCCAAACCCUAGCAGCUUCGCCGUCGAGGACUACCUCGUCGGCACCUGCGGCCUCACCCGGCCCCAAGCCCUCAAGGCCUCCGCCAAGCUCUCCCACCUCAAGUCCCCCUCCAAGCCCGACGCCGUCCUCGCCUUCCUCGCCGGCCUCGGCCUCUCCGGCGCCGAUGCCGCCGCCGUCGUCGUCAAGGACCCGCGGUUACUCUGCGCCAAAGUGGACAAAACCCUGGCCCCCGUCGUCGCCGGGCUCACCGGCCUCGGUCUGUCGCGUUCCGAGAUCGGCCGCCUCGUCUCGCUCGCCCCGGCCAACAGCCGGUGUAGAUCCAUAGUCUCCAAGCUGGACUACUACCUGCCCCUCUUCGGCUCCAUCGACAACUUGCUCCGGCCGCUCAGGCGCAGCAACUGCCUCCUCCGCUGUAACCUCGACAAGGUGGUCAAGCCCAAUGUCGCCUUCCUACAAGAGUGCGGGCUAGGUGCUUGUGAUAUUGUCAAGCUGUGCAUCCCUGCAGAGAGGAUUCUGACCACCAACCCAGAGCAGGUCCGGGCGAUGGUGGCAUGUGCCCAGAGACUAGGUAUGCCCCCUGGCUCUGGGAUGUUUAGAUACGCGCUGCAGGCUGUCGCUUUCCUCACCCAGGAGAAGAUCACCGCCAAAGUGGAGUACUUGAAAAAUACAUUCAGGUGGUCAGAUGCGGAGGUGGCCCUUGCUGUGUCUAGAAAUCCGAGUGUGCUAAGGAGGUCAAAGGAAUCUCUGCAGCGCAAGUCUGAUUUCCUCAUCUCCGUGGUGGGGUUGGAACCGGCCUAUAUUUCUCGUAUUUCAGUAUUCAUCACUUUCAGCCUGGAGUGCCGGCUCAGACCCCGGCACUACGUUGUAAAUUUUCUUAAGGAAAAUGGACUGCUAGAUCGCGAGCGGAGCUACUAUGCAUUUUGCAGGAUGACUGACAAGGCUUUCACGGACAAGUACAUAUGCCCUCACAAGGAAGCUGCACCGCACCUUGCCAAAUACUAUGCUGCCGCUUGUCGAGGGGAAUUGCCUGCCCAGUAG